AACUUUCAUGUUAAUUCCACUGUCACUGCCAUCGAGCUUGUCAUCUUGUAGAUUGCUAACUAGCUGAGCCAUGUCUUUGCCAUAACUCAGUCGUGUAGUGCAUUGCAUUCUGGAACUUUGAGUAAAGUGCUUACUGUCUUUACUAAUUCUAUUGGAUUUCUAAUUAAUAUGACAUCAAAUGUCAGUGGAAAAUGGUGAGUUUUUAACUGUGAAAUCUGGCCAUUAUACUUUAUGUUUGUGAGUGAAUUUUUUCCUCUAUUAAACUCCACUGUAACUGCACUAGCAAUGUCACCUUGCAGUGUCAGUGUGGCACAAACCACUUACUUCUCACAGAAAUAACAAAAACACAGCACCAACUAACAAAUUAGCACCAGAAUCACUAAAUACAGUAUGUCUCAAACAUUACAAUAUAAAUAUAUUUCAGUGUUGAGUUUUACUUUGUUGAACUUAAAAUUUGAAAAGUACUGAAAUUUGCAUUUGAGUGUGUGACUGAGUGUGUACAUGAGCUCAGUCAUGUAAAUAUCAUCAGUAAAACAGAAGCAAGCAGAUAAGAUUAGCUACAGUCUUAAAACAUUCAACCAGGACAAACUUGUGACCUUUAAAAGAAGAAGUUGCAUUGCUCCAAACUUAAAAGCAGACCAACUACCUGAAUUGCUGCUCUGCUUCACGCCCCAGUGAUCAGGCCUAUCCUAUAGCAAGGCUGUACCCCAAAGUAAAUCAUUAAGCUGUUGAGCUGUAACUUGUUGUUAGUAAGAUCCCAUGUUGAACUUUAGGCCUGGACCAAUAUUGGACAGCAUUUCCGUGCAGGUUGUGUAGAUCUGGGAAAAGUUUUGCGGUGCUCAGUGGAUCCUGAUGCAAAGUUCAUCUCUGUGUACUGAACGAGUUGAGCACUAACGUCUGUGCUUGGCUAGAAACAGUUCUGAAGACUCAUUCGUCAUUGUUGCUGGAUAAUUCAAAAGCACUAUGGCGAAGUCUGGAUAUGGCUACUACCGGCCUACUAUUUUCCUUGCCAUGUUUGUGGGCUAUACACUGUAUUACUUCAACAGGAAGACGUUCUCAUUUGUCAUGCCCUCUGUAAUGCAGGAGAUCAAGUUGGAUAAAGAUGACUUGGGUCUUAUCACCAGCAGCCAGUCUCUGGCUUAUGCUAUCAGCAAGUUCAUUAGUGGUGUGCUCUCCGAUCAGAUAAGUGCACGAUGGCUUUUCUCCAUUGGUCUCUUCAUGGUGGGUGGCAUCAACAUGCUGUUCUCAUACUCCUCCACUGUUGCCAUGUUCUCCGGGCUCUGGUUCCUGAAUGGACUUGGUCAGGGCUUUGGGUGGCCACCAUGUGGAAAAGUGCUCCGUAAGUGGUUUGAGCCGUCUCAGUUUGGGACGUGGUGGGCAGUGCUGUCCUGCAGUAUGAAUCUGGCUGGUGGACUGGGGCCAAUCAUUGCUACUCUUCUUGCUGAGAGCUACAGCUGGAGGUCUACUUUAUUCAUCUCUGGCCUGACUUGUGUCGUCAUGUCAGUCUUCUGUCUACUGGUGAUCAAGAACGAGCCUAAAGAUGUUGGACUGCCCAAUAUAGAAGCUAGUGUAAAGAAAGGCAAAGCAGGUUCCAGUAGGGAUGAGAGCACCUUGAAGGAGUUCCUUCUGUCUCCGUAUCUUUGGUUAUUGUCAUUUGGCUACCUGGUAGUGUUUGGAGUCAAGACUGCUUGCACAGACUGGGGACAGCUCUUCCUCAUCCAGGACAAGGGCCAGUCAGCAUUGAUGGGAAGUUCUUAUAUGAGUGCCUUGGAGAUUGGGGGGCUGGUGGGCAGUUUAGCUGCGGGAUAUCUGUCAGACAGAGCUGUGGCACGGCAAGGACUGCGUGCAUAUGGUAACCCACGGCAUGGUCUCCUGCUGUCAAUGAUGGCAGGAAUGUACGUCUCCAUGUACCUAUUCCGAACCACUGUCACUCAAGAAAGCUCAAAUGUUUGGAUUCUCUCUUUGGGUGCUAUUUUUGGCUUCUCUUCUUAUGGACCAAUUGCUCUGUUUGGAGUCAUUGCUAAUGAGAGCGCUCCUUCCAACUACUGCGGAACAUCACAUGCUAUUGUAGCCUUGAUGGCAAAUGUUGGAGGUUUUCUGUCUGGGUUGCCAUUCAGCACUAUCGCAAAACACUACGGCUGGGAUACAGCAUUCUGGGUAGCAGAGGUAACCUGCAUGAUCACGACGGUUAGCUUUUUCCUCCUCCGUAACAUCCAAACCAAGAUGGGACGUGCUCUGAAGAAGACUGAUUGAUUAACAGCGUUACUGGACCUUCUCUUAGUUAUAAAUUCAGAGUUUUUAACAAAGUGGUGUAUCCGACACUAACGAUUUCUGUAAACCUGAACGUUGCCAGUAUUUUCACUGUAAAAUUAAUAGAUAGGAUUCUACUGUAGAUGCAGAGAGAUUUGAUGAAGUGUUUUGUUAAAGCGUAAUCACUGGUUUAUGCUAGUAUUGUAAAAUCAAAAAUUGUAUUAUCUGAGGAAGUGAAAUUGUUCUAAAUGGCCUUAAAAUGGUUAUGAAGUAGCCUUGAAACACUAUGAAGAUUAUUUUAAGAGUGCUGCGCUUUGGGGAAGCUUAUUCUCAUUUGAGGCACCUGAAAGGUACAAAUGUUCAGGAAUAAAUGCAUUUAAAUACCAUGUCAAAGUUUAUCUACACACAAUUAACUUCAAAAUUACAAAUUAGGGGCUAACCAUGAAAAAAAAAACAUUCCUUUGAAUAUGUUUUAAGGCUGUAUAAUUGGUGUGCUGUAUAAUUUAUAGUUACCCUACCAAUUCGCCCUUUUCUACUUUCGACCCAUUUUUCAUAGUGAAUAUUAAUACAGAUUUAAUUAUAAAAUCAAUAUUUUGAUAAGGAACAAACAUCACCAUGUACAAGUUAUUUUAAAGAAGUAAUAAUUUCAAAAGUUUUAAUCAUUCCAAGUGCCAAGUCAAAACCAUGUCUAGCACUGUCAUGACUAAUUUGUCAUUUAUUUUGCAUUCAGGGAGAUAGAGGCUUAACAACUCCAACUGAACUUGAGGCAACUCAACAUGGUUCUACCUCUUUAUUGUUACUCUAACUUUAUAUGUGGUGUUAUGGAAAUAAAAUGUUUUUCAAUAAUACAGUGAAAACACUUUUUCACACAUAUUAAAUAAAGAUGUUACAAACAUCA